AUGGCCGCUCAUGGCUCUGUAAGUAGCCGUCUUUCUCAGAGUCUUACGGAGGAAGAUAUCCCCGGAGCAUCGCUUCAGGGAAGAAAUCCGACUGCUCUUAAAACAGAUGAACUUCGCUUUUGGUUAAAAUGUCGUGGCGAUCCAGCAAAGGGGUUAAAAACAAAGGCACAAUUGUCGAAAAGGUAAGUACAGUAUUAUUCAGUCGUUCGUGAUACUUUUUAGAAUUAAAAGAGACUUUGAUAUUGUAAAUGGAGAUCAAAAGAUUUAGGAGUUAUUUUUCUCGAUGAAAUGUUUCAAAAAUGUAAUGAUUAAUAGUUUUUCUACUUUUCAUUUUGAAGAGUUCUUGAAUAUGUUGCGUCUGGUCAUGAUAAAGAUGUUGUGGAUCCCGAUAAAAAUCUGAUAUACACGCGUCGAAAGGCGAGACAAGAACAACUCGCUCAAAGUGAUGUGAUGCCUGAGGAAAGUACUGUUAAAUUUCCAUCAGCUGGAUGGUCUACAAGUUUGCAACGAAUGCCAUUAUUCACAAGGGCAGAGAUGGAUUUACAUAUUUCUAAAUCUGGAAAAAACUUUGACAGAAAUAAACAGAACCAUGCUGUUCCAACAAGCAUGAAAAAGGCAAAAAGAUUUCUUGAUGAUGAAUACCUGAAAGACUUAACUUGCGCAAGUGAUGACCAAUAUUUCUAUUUCAAAUGCUUGUGUUACCAUAGCUUUAAAAAAAAUGAGCCAGCCCACAAAUUACAAGUUGCACUUUGUUUAGUGAGUGGAGUUGUUAAAUAUGCUUCGUGUACAUGUGUAGCAGGAUCUGUUGGUUUUUGCAAUCAUGUGCUUGCUGUUAUGAUGAAACUCUGUAAGUUCAGCUUGUAUUGUUGUCAAGAUAUUAAGGACUUGGAAAAUGAAUCUGAUAUGACACAAGCUAAGGCAUGCACUUCAAGUUUACAACUAUGGCACAAGCCUGUAAGAGGAGAUAAAAUCAAGCCCCAACCUGUCAUGGAACUUGAGGUAAAAAAGUCGAAUAUAGACACAGAGUAUAACCCUGAUAGUGGAGUAAGGUGCUUGUUGUAUGAAGCUAGGAAAAAUUUGGGUACACAAGCAUCUGAUGAAGCUUUGUUAAAAAACAAGCUUCAAGAGAUCAACCCUAAGUUUGCCUUGUCUCAAAUUAUGUCUACUGGUGGUACCAACUUACAGGAAACAAAAUUUGGAAAAUGUCCAAGUGGCUCAUGCAAGUUACCAGUUACAGUUCACAGAGUCUAA